AUCGACCAUAAACCCAUUGCAAAUACUUCUCUCCCUCUCUCACACACACACUGGAGACAUACACACAUUACAUAAAUAAGAGAGAUCGAGUUAAAAAAUGGAUGGAGCAAAAGGAGAUUUCUCAGUGGAGAUGAGGAGGAAGGAAGUAGUGGCAGCAGUGUUGCCAAUGAAAGAGCAUCGGCUGCCACUCUCCAACCUGGAUUUGCUCCUCCCACCCGUGGACGUGGGUGUUUUCUUUUGCUACAAGAAACCCGUAUCCGCCACCGGAGAAGACAAUAUUCCGUUCACCUUCACGUCCAUGGUGUGUGUUCUCAAGAAGGCCUUGGCCCAAGUUCUCGUGUCCUACUAUACGUUUGCAGGGGAGGUAGUGAAGAACACGGUGGGUGAGCCAGAGCUCCUCUGCAACAACUAUGGGGUUGUCUUCCAUGAAGCUUUCGCCAAUAUAGAGCUCCGAGACCUCAACUUAUAUAAUCCUGAUGAAAGCAUCGAAGGCAAGCUGGUUCCUAAGAAGAAGCAAGGGGUGCUCUCUGUCCAGGCCACCGAACUCAAAUGCGGAGGGCUAGUGGUAGCAUGCACGUUCGACCAUCGGGUGGCUGACGCCUACUCGGCCAAUAUGUUUCUUGUAUCAUGGGCGGAGACGGCUCAGUCCAAACCACUCUCUCUUUUUCCGUCAUUCCGGCGAUCUCUUCUCAACCCGCGACAUCCCGGCCGUUACGACCCCUCCAUGGACUACAUGUACGUGCCCAUCUCCGCCCUACAACCUCCCAAUCCAUGCAACCAAGUUGAUCACCUAAUAAGCCGCAUCUAUUACGUGGAAGCUGAGCAGCUCAGUGAGCUCCAAGCUCUUGCCAGAGGAUCCGGACAGAAGAGGACUAAGCUCGAGGCCUUUACCGCCUUACUGUGGAAGAUAAUCGCCUCCGGGGAGGGUGGAAGCUGUAAGAGGUGCAAAAUGGGCAUUGUGGUUGACGGGCGGACGAGGCUCAGCGGAGGAGAUGGCAAGGAGGGGGAGACAAUAAAAACUUACUUUGGGAAUGUGUUGUCCAUCCCGUUUGCGGAGAAGACGGCCGGAGAGCUGAGGGAGAGGCCGUUGAGCUGGGCGGCGGAGGCGGUUCACAAUUGCUUGGAGAGCGCAGUGACAGGGGAGCAUUUCUUGGGUUUGAUAGACUGGGUGGAGGCUCACCGUCCGGAACCAACUAUGGCAACGAUAUAUGCCGGUGGUAGCUCGGAGGAGGAUUGUGGGCCAGCAGUGGUGGUGUCGUCAGGGCAGAGGUUUCCGGUGGCAAAGAUGGAUUUUGGGUGGGGGAAGGCGGCGUUUGGGUCGUAUCAUUUUCCGUGGGGCGGAGAUGCCGGGUAUGUGAUGCCAAUGCCAAGUGCAGUGGGGAAUGGAGAUUGGGUUGUGUACAUGCACUUGUUGAAAGGACAAUUGCAGAUGAUUGAAACUCAAGCAAGUCAUUUGUUUAGGCCCUUGGCUAGUCAUCAUCUUUGCUUUUGAUCUUUAGACUCAGUCAUUAUAAUAUGAUUGUAUGGUCAUGUGUCCUCACUUUUUGAACCUUGUAUUACGAAAGAAAAGUGAAAAGAAAAGAAAUAUUAAAAAAAUAAAAAAUAAACCAGUAUUUUGAUUCUUAUUACGCACUACUUUUAAUUUUU